AUGCGUUUUACAAGGAUCAAAAGCUUUGCGCUCUUCGCGGGUUCAGUCUCUGCUGCAGUGGGAGAUUGGCAGCAAUGCGGCGGAGUGAACCACAGCGGAGACACCACAUGUAACGCAGGAUCUGGCUGUGUAAAGAUCAAUGACUACUACUCGCAAUGCCAACCCGGAGCCGCCGUCACAACUCUAGCCACCUCGACAAAGCCCACAACAACUGCUACCAAGACCACUGCAGGCAGCACCGCAACCACUCCAAGCCCACCUGCCGCAACAGGCACACCAAUAGGCACCGGCCCCGGCACAACGCUCCAACCCGGCUACUACUGGAUCCGUGCCGUCGCCGCACCCAACUUCCACAAAUACAUCCAAACCGACCCUCUGUACGCCACCGGCCCCGCACUCCUGGGCGACUACACCACCGCCGGCCAACUGCAAGUCGUCGACGGACAGCUUGUGCAACUCGUAUCCGCGCCCGGCGCGGCCGUGAAGCUACUGUACGCCGUGGUGUCGGAGACGCGGUACAUCAACGGCAACUCCUUGUCGGUGACUUUCUCGACCACGAAGAAUACGUACGGGCAGUUUGCUUGGCAGGGCGAUGGGCUCACGUGGAGUGUGGCGGGCGUCACGAGGCCGAAUGCUGCGGCGUGGUAUGUGUGUGCGGGGCAGCAGUUGUAUAUCAACUUGGGAAAUUAUCUGUAUCAGACGCCGGCUGGGUGUGUGGAUCAGACGAUUCAUUAUUACAAUGAUAAGACGGCGAAUGCUUGA